AUGGGUGUUCCUAAUUUCUAUUCAUGGGUUAAUGAGAAGAGAGUGGAUUAUUUUUAUCUAGAUAUGAACCAAAUCAUUUAUAAGUGUGCAACUGAUCCCAGUGUAUUAUUCAAGGAUCAAUUGAGGGAACGGGAUUUCGAUGAUGUUUGGGUUUCAAUCAUAAACUACUUGGAUAUGAUCAUUAAUUUGGUUAAUCCUCAGCAAUUACUAUUUUUGGCUUUUGAUGGUGUUGCACCACGUGCUAAAAUGAAUUAAUAGCGUCAAAGACGGUUUCAAUCAUAGAAGAGAUAUAAGUAUUUAAGUGCUCAUCUUCAAUAAAUUGGAUUAUUUCAAAAGAAUGAAACCUAUAAAAACAAUCAAUUCAGUCCUGGUACUGAAUUCAUGACACAAUUAAAUCAAUAGAUUAAAUUUUACAUUGAGAGAAAAUAUUCUGAAGAUCCUAAAUUCAAGAAUCUGAAAAUCAUAUUCUCUGGCUGCGAUGUACCUGGGGAAGGAGAACACAAACUUCUUAGUUUCAUUCGUAAUAUGCAAUUUGAUCCCAACAGUGUUCAUAUGAUUUAUGGGGCAGACGCAGAUUUAAUUAUGUUAGGUUUGCUUACUUAGUUGAAGAAUGUUCUCAUCAUCAGAGAGGAUCUGAAAUUCAAACAAACAGCUAGUGCUGCUGCAAAUAGAGUCAUCAAGAUUCCAGAAUUUCUAGUCAUCAACAUCUCUAUUGUACGAGAAUAUUUGGAUCUGGAAUUCGCAGUGUUGAAAGAUAAAAUGAAGGUUGCUUAUGAUAUCCAUCGCAUUAUUGAUGAUUUUAUUUUGCUCUGCUUCUUUGUUGGCAAUGAUUUUCUACCCAGAAUCUAUUGCUUCGACAUUAGAAUAGGAACCAUUGAACCUCUAGUUGACUUAUUCAAAAAACAUCUAACUAAUGCCAAUGAUUACAUAGUUCAAAGAGGAGAUAUCAAUUACAAAGAAUUGUUAAAUCUUCUUGAACUAUUAUAAGGAUUUGAAAAAUUGUGCAUUAAUGAUAGACAACAAGAGAUGGUCAAUUACUUAAACACCAGAAUAUGA